CUGACAUGUCACCUUCCUCCAACUAUCACCUUGUUCCUGUCCUUCUCCCCCCCGCCGCCCCACCAUCCUCCCUGAGCAUUAUUAGAGACUCUAGAAAGUUCAGUGCUCCAGUGCUCCAGUGUCAGCUCUGAGGUUAAGGCAAGGCUUCGUGGCUGUAUUCAGCCUCAGUCUAGGGCUAGAGUCAGGACUCAGAUGAUCAGGGUCAAGGCCAGGUCAGAGGUCAGCUUGGAACCACAGCUCAGUGUUUCGCCUACACUCAGCCUUAGCCCUAAAUUCUGGUCUCAGCAGGUACCUGGGGCCACCUUUCCCAAGGGCUCACACACCCAUAGGGCAGGUGAGAUGACUACCACGUGAGUCCCAGAAACCUGGCCUCUAUCUAUGGGCCAGACUCAUGCCUGUUAACAGUGGUCACCAGCCAUGGUGGAGGUGAAACUAGAAUCCAGGACUCCUGCUUCCAAGCCUGGGGCUCUGACUGUUGUUCCAAAGUCUGCUCUGACUCUGAGAUGCCUCCAUUUAAGAGGCAAAGCAAAUUUGUCUGAAUUCUAAUAGGCCCAGCUGGGUAGAUCUCAUUGUAUUUUUCCCACCUCCUGGUGCCAGGCACGUAGUAGGUACUCAGAACAUGUACCAUCAGGUGCAGGAGGAGAGGCCAGUGGUUUGUUCUGGUUUGGGGCUGGAGGAGGCUGGCUUGGUGGGGAAGGAUCUCUAGCCACUGUCAGAGGAAGUGGCACCUAUCUGGACCUGCCACCUCCCCCUCUCCUCCAGCGCCUGCAGCCCCACUCAGAGGCCACCCAGCUGGCCAUAUCAGGGCCCUUUCCUCUUUUGGAGUAAUAAAAGGAAAGUACAUUUUUGGUAGAAAAGUCCCUCCUGCUCCCUGGGAAUCCCCGGUGGCCGGAUGGACUACGGGAUAUCCCAUAGGAAGCUGAAGGCGGAGCCUUGCCACUGCCCCGACCCCCAAUGCACAAUGCAGCCAGGCUCUCCCACGCUGCACCAGCUGGCCCAUGGGGUGCCCCUGAGGUCAUUUCAUCCAGGCCCCUGCCUCUUGGUGGGCCUGCAGGAAGCUCCCGCCACCUCUCUAAUGGUCAACAAGAAGACAGAUGAGCACCUGUUUGGAGCCCAGGCCCAGAUCUCUGGCAUCCACAGGUCCUGCCCCUGGACACCUGGCCCUCGGCCCAGCCGGGCCAUGGCGCUGUGCCUGAAGCAGGUGUUCGCCAAGGACAAGACGUUCCGGCCUCGGAAGCGCUUCGAGCCAGGCACACAGCGCUUUGAGCUAUAUAAGAAGGCGCAGGCCUCGCUCAAGUCGGGCCUGGACCUGCGCAGCGUGGUGAGGCUGCCGCCGGGGGAGAGCAUCGACGACUGGAUCGCGGUGCACGUGGUGGACUUCUUCAAUCGCAUCAAUCUCAUCUACGGCACGAUGGCCGAGCGCUGCAGCGAAACCAGCUGCCCAGUCAUGGCCGGGGGGCCCCGCUACGAGUACCGCUGGCAGGACGAGCGCCAGUACCGGCGGCCCGCCAAGCUGUCGGCACCGCGCUACAUGGCCCUGCUCAUGGACUGGAUCGAGGGCCUCAUCAACGACGAGGACGUCUUUCCCACUCGCGUUGGAGUUCCCUUCCCCAAGAACUUCCAGCAGGUCUGCACCAAGAUCCUGACCCGCCUCUUCCGGGUCUUUGUCCAUGUCUACAUCCACCACUUCGACAGCAUCCUCGGCAUGGGGGCCGAAGCACACGUCAACACCUGCUACAAGCACUUCUACUACUUCAUCCGCGAGUUCAGCCUGGUGGACCAGCGGGAGCUGGAACCACUGAGGGAGAUGACAGAGCGUAUCUGUCACUGAGCCCAAGCCUGGAGUCGCUGCCUGUCAGAUGGACCAUCUGAACACAGAGUCACUGGGAGGGGACCCUCAGGAGUCUGGUGGUAGAGGACCCUGAAGUCCCUGGGACCCCUCCACACACACAGAGCCCCUGGACUUGUGGUUCUCUGGCAUCUGCCCACAUGCCCCCUGACCGCUUAUGGAUGGAGAAGGGGAGAGAGAAAGGUGGGCAAACAGAAGGAAAGAAGGAGCUACAUCUCCACGUGAUGUCCAAGGGUGCGAUAGGCUAGGGUUCUGCUUCAGGACUUACCCCUUCCGUGGUGGUUCCCACGCCUAUGUGGGGAAUGUGGAUGUGGCUGAGUUAGCAAGAAACAUACAAGAGCGGAAGCAAGGUGUGUGUGAAUAAGUGCAGAUGACUCUCUGUGAGUGUGUGAUUCUCACUGUGGGGUGUGUGUGUAAGAGCUGGCUGCUGUACCCUCCCUGGCACAUAGUAGGCCCUCCCUAUGUGUUAGGUCAGUGGUUGAAUGAAAGGAAGGAAGUAGGGAUUGGGACCACCAGACCAUGACCACUGUAGGAGUGACGACAGGUCAGUGCCCCCACUCAGUGUGUCUGACCACUUGUGUAAGUGCACAAAAUAUGAUGUAGAUGUAGCUCUGUAUUUGAACUUUCAGGCUACCAUCUUCCAUAAGCAUGAGUUCUGGGGAGCAAAGGAACAUAAGAAGGGAGUCUUGCCCUGAGCACCUAAAUCCUUGGCCCCCCACAGACAGAGAUUCUGAUUUGCUCACCUGGAGAUGCCCAGGAGCUGUCAUUUCACUCAUCCUUCUGCCUCCAGGAAAGUUUGAUUAUAGACAGCCUCCUGAGCGCUGGGGACUAUCCCUUAUGUCCACAUAGGUCCUCUGGUCCCUAAAGUGGGAAUCAUACACUCCAGUCUAGCUCCCAGAAUCUAUAGACUUGGCUCUCAGGAUCUGAAGCCCAGCACAAGAUAAUCCUCCAACCCAAGGAGCUAGUGAACUUGAAUUCAGAAACCCCAGAGAAUUGUCUCCCAUCCCAGGGCAGUGAAGACGUAUUGCUAGUGAAUGGACUCUUCCAAGCUUGGAAAGCCCCCAUUGUGCAAGGACCUGCCUCCUGCCCAGCCAUCCCCGAGACAUUCCAGCUGGUUGGAUAGCUGUCCACAGAGAACCUGGGAUGUUCGUUCGACACUUCAUUACCCCACACUGCCACGUCCAGCCCUGUGCCCAGACCCACAGGUGGGGAAACUGAGGCAGGGGAUGGAGAGCCAGGAUGGAGAGCCAGAAAGGGCCUGAGGAUCCCUGAGGAUGAUUCAGUCUUAGAGAUAAAUCUGUGUACAUAGGAGGAAGCCGAAGCUCACACAGCAAGGCUUUUGUGGAGCUGGAGUAGAAACCAGGAGUCCUGACUCCCACCCCAGAGCAUGUGGAUUGCUGCAUAGGGAUAUGAGCUGCAUGGGGAAAAAGGGUUUGACAGCCCCUCCCUAGGGCACAACUGUUCCUGCCUUGAGCAAGGAUUUCUCAUGAAUGCCACAGUGCCCCGCAGCCCCUUGGGUCUUCUGGAGCUGUAUGCUGAGCCAAGCCUCCAAAAUUAUGCCCCUCUCCGUGGCCCUGCAGCUGGCUGAUCUCUGAAGAAGCAGAUGGGGCUCCUGGGGCCUGCCAGCUGGACCCGGGACCGCUGCCUCUGGAGAAGUUCCCAAGGGAAACACUGACCCAGCAGCUUUGCCAGAGGCUCUGGGGUGUGGUGGGGUCCAGGGGUCAGAGAUUCCCUCAGGUUCCCUGUGGUUCUAGGCUGCGGCCAGUGCUCACUGGGGAGGGGGUGGGAGACGGGAAAUCUAUUUUUGUGAAACAGAGGGAAGAGUUUAUUAUUGUUAUUUUUGGUUAAAUAAAGGAGGCAAACUAAAGCGACA